GUUGAAAUUCUCGUUAACAAUACAGUUUAUUUACCAAACGUGUCCAUCGAAACUAGAAAGUGAUUUGAAAAAUGCACGAAGAACGACUCACAGUUAAAUAUACUUCGUCAAAAAACUGUUUUGUUCAUCUGCCGGAAACUUUGGUGAGAAGGUUGGAUUCUCAGGUGACUGGACUAAAACUUUCUCACAAUAACGACGAGUACUACGUAUCAUGGCGAUCGAUCUCUGGACUCGAUGACUCGUUACGAAUCAGUGCUACAUUUGCACGAUCUCUGAACAUCAAAGAAGGCAAUGAAGUUAUCGUUUCGUCGAUUUCGAAUCCACCUUUCCUAUCGUCAAUUACGGUCACACCAUGGAACAUUGAAGACUGGGCCAUUGUGGAAUUCCAGGCUGAUAGGAUCCAAUCAGUCUUGUUGGAUCAAAUAAGCUUGCUGGCGAAAAAACAACCAAUCGUAGUCUGGGUAUCUAAGGGCUUGUCGAUCAUUUUGUCCGUUGAUGAAAUCAGUCCCGAUUUUGCGUAUGGAAGGAUCGGCGAUCGUACUGAAGUUCACGUCGAAAUGCCGAGAGAUAGGAAAACUUUUCCAAAAUCUGUACCCACCGUCGAUAACUUCAAAUUCAAUUUAUCUCACAUUUUGAAUGGGAUUCCACUCGUGAAGGGAAUAUCCAAACGGGAAGGAAUCGAUGGAAAUCCAAAUGAUAUUCAAUGGUAUUCGAAGAAUAUAAAAAAUGUUGCGCUCCCUGAAGUUUUUCGGGUGUCCGAUGAAGCGUCAAUGAAGGAUUUUUGGACUACGGAUCUUCUUCAUUCUCCCGAUGACUGUCCCUACGAUGUCUUCGUGCCUGAAUGCUCCGCAGUGAAAAACUUGACGAGUGUUCAAAGUUCGAAAAGCCGUUUGUACAAAAUUCGAAAAAUUCGAGAGGACCGACAAUCUCUCAAUGCACCGAGCACCAAUUUUUUGCAAACUGAUUCAUCAGCAGUGCCUAAGCAGUCCACGGAAUUGAUAGUGAGACUGUUUAUCGUCAAAAGUAAAAAUGAAGAGAAUCUUCAAGAUAAACGGAGUCGCAGCAUCAUGACGUCGGUUCACAAUAAAAUUUAUGUUUCUACGAAUUUGAGACGAAAUUUGAAUUUAGCGAUCGGUAGCAAAGUGCUUCUAGAAACUCUUCCUAACGUCGAACAGUCGGCAACUUCGAUUGAGUUAUUCCCGUCGACUCGGACGAUAACGGAACAAAAAUUCAAAGAGUUCCUUCGUGAAAAAAUGUAUGACAAUGAAAUCCUGAUAAAUUCUCGUUCGAGAGUUUAUUUUGAAGAGGGAACGAGCUGUAUGGUACUUUGUUCACCUGAGCAGUGCUCAUAUUCACUAAUCGAUGAUGCUCACUUGAAAAACAUCGUCGUCAAUGUAAAUAACGUUGCGCCGGAUGAUGCGAAAAAUCCGAGCAUUAACGAUAAGGAAAUUAAGGGAAUCGAUUUAACAGCGAUCUCGAUACCACCCUUCCAAUCGAUAAUUAAGGAAUGCCAAAUUGUUCUCGAGCUGAGUUUGGGUCUGAGCAAUCCUCAAAGCUUUUCUUACGAACCUGGAAAUAUCCUCAUUUGCGGGGACAUUGGCGUUGGGAAAACCACCGUUUGCAAAAUAUUGGAAGAUUUCAUGCGGAAAUCCCCUCGUUCCGUACACGUCCACACAAUUGAGUGUCGAGCUCUGAAAGGAAAAAGGGCCGAAGCGAUGCAUAAAAUACUAUCCGUCGCUAUGGCUGACUGCAUAUACCAUCAACCUUCGAUAUUAAUUUUGGACGAUUUGGAGACAAUUACGAGUUCGGAUUCCGGCGAGGAAGAAACUACACCGGACGCAAUGAACGCCUCGAGAAUACUGGAUUUGGUUUUCAACAUCUCUGCCGAGUUUCAAUCCUCGCAUUACGUUUCUAUUAUUGCAACAUGCACGAACAUCAACAAAAUUGGAUUGAAAUUGAGAUCGCCGCGCGGCGUCCACUUGUUCCGAAUAGUGUUGACAUUACCGGAUCUUGUAAAAGAGCACCGGAUCGAUAUUUUGAGGCUGGCUCUGCAAAAACAUAUACACGUGCCAGAAGCAAUGAAUUGGGAUUAUUACGGGAAUAAGACUGAGGGAUGGGUGGCCCAGGAUCUUAUCGAUUUUGCUGAAAAAGCAUCAUUCGCUUCAUGGAAACGCCACGUUACAAAUAAAUGUACCGAAUCUGUUACUCUGACCGAGGAAGAUUUGUCCGAAACGUUAAAAAAUUACAAAACGAUAUCCCUGCAUGGUGUACAAUUCUACAAGAAUUCCGGUCACGAUUGGUCGAGUAUCGGUGGCUUGGACAGCGUCAAAGAAGUUCUCACGCAGUUGUUGAAAUGGCCGAUGCAAUAUCCGGAGUUAUAUUGCAACGCGCCGAUAAAGAAUCAAAAUGGCGUGCUUUUGUACGGGAUGCCUGGCACCGGAAAAACCAUUUUAGCUGGUGCGAUAGCCAAAGAGUGUGGUGUGAAUUUGAUCAGCGUUAAGGGACCUGAACUGUUGUCAAAAUACAUCGGAGCCAGCGAAGAAGCAGUUCGUAACGUUUUUGAAAAGGCUCGUCGCGCCAAACCGUGUGUUUUAUUCUUCGACGAAUUCGACAGCUUAGCGCCAAGGCGCGGUCAUGACAGUACUGGCGUUACCGAUAGAGUCGUCAAUCAGCUGUUGACGCAAUUGGAUGGGGUAGAAGGUCGUGAAGGGGUUGCGAUCGUUGCAGCAUCUUCCAGACCAGACUUACUUGAUCCAGCUCUCCUCCGACCUGGACGUUUGGACAAAUCAUUGUUGUGUUCGUUGCCUGAUGAGGAGGAAAGAGAACAAAUUCUCAAGGUGCUCUGCGAAGCUCAAUGUAUCGAUACGGCGAAUCUCGAUUUGAAGAAUCUCGCUGAGCGAUCGCCCGGCUUCACGGGCGCUGAUCUCAGCUCCGUCCUAACCCAGGCCAAGUAUGACGCAUUAGAGGACGUUCUCUCGAGUGUCUUGCCCGGUCAGAAUCCGUGCGUCGAAGCGGUCCAAAUUACUCAGCAGCAUCUCGUCGACUCACUCGCGUCAACGAAGCCUUCGUUAUCGAAAUUGGAGAUGGAAAAGUAUCGACAAAUCUACCACAAAUUCCUGAAGGGCAACGAUCUCGAAAAUAUUGCGCUCAUGAAACAAAAAGCAACUCUUGCCUAAUCGCUUCUCCAACGUGGAUUGGCUUCAAGUACGACGAGGUUGUCGGGGGCCUGGGGCUGCCCAGUUUCAUCGAAAGGCGUUCAACGAACCAUUCGAAGAAUGCUUCUUUAUUUUCCCUCAUUUUUCCGCGUACCCGCAUCCCAUCACUUGUUACGAAUCGUAUCGAGUCAAAUCGACGUGGAGCCGGGUUCGAACAGAGAAAAAUAAUGCAAACGAUGCUCGGGAGCAUCUUCGUUCUCAUUGACCUCGCAAAAAAAUGCAUCAAUCGUUUGUCAGGGUCCGAACAUUUCUCACGAAUCGUCGAUCUUUGAAUCGUCCCAAGGAAACGUUCGUUCACAUUCAACACGUAACUCAACAUACAGCAUCAAAUUUCAAAAUAUUUGAGUAAAAAUAAUGAAAAUAUUGACCCGAAAAACUGGAACCUAAACUGGUCUUCGUGCGGCUCGAAUUUUGUUCAGCCUACAAUUGUUUUCCAGCAAAGUUUCCAAAGUUGCAGGAACGAUUGUAAUGUCGCUACACAUCAGGGCAAUAUGCACAAUUUAUGUUUUCAAACGAUAUUGCCCUUUGGUAGUUGAACGGAAAUUUUUGAAUGUCGGAUGAAAAUAUGAAAGACGAGUCAAGUUCUGGGAUAUAUAGGAAGGUACAAGAAUUACCGACUCAUACCUGCGAUACGCGGUGAUAUACGAAAACUAAGCAUAAUCCGGAGGCUUCUUCCAGUCUAGAUACUCGAGCGGCGGCGGCAGGGUGUAUCUCGAUGGUUGAAACUCUCGGUCUUGUGGUGUGAGGCUUUUGCAAAGUGCGAUCUCACGGUCCUGUCUCCUCAACGGAAUAGAAGUUUUCAUAUUAAUAAUCGGUAUAAUAAUUAGUAUUUUCACGUGCGACUUAGCAGAGAGGAUGCCCCGGUAAGGCGGCGUACAAACUUCACGGAAUCUUGAUUUUAAGUUGUUGGCAUGAAGGAGCCAAGGCAUAUUUCAUCGUGCUAAUGUCCCGCCAGAUAUAAACUACAAUAUUAGCUGCCUUCGUACUGAUUUAAUUUAACUUUGGCCCGUGCGACAUCCGCCGCGCUUUUCGAGUACACUACAAGACUCCGAGUGAACGCACCCGCACCAACAUUAUUAGCACAUUCGCGAUUAAACCACCCAGACCCUCCACACUUUUGCGACGCGUCAUUUUGUACUUUAUUAUACUCUAGCAUUGGACACGCUUUAAACAAAAAUGGGCUUCGAAUUCUCCUGCCUCGAGUAUCGAUAAUUCUCUGUGGAAAUUCUUGAACUAAAAAUUCUGGAAUUAAGGAGAAAAUGGUUCGCAACCGGCGCACGAGAUUUUGAGCAUCCCUCAUGCUUUUUUCACAAGAUAACGAACCUCGACAUUUUUUUAAGCACUAGCUGACUUCAAAGAAAUAAACGAGCAUAAAAAAUGAUUUUUCAUCAUUUGCUCAUCAAUGAACUUUCUCACGAAAUUCAUUGAAAAUAGCUUUUCCCAUAAUCACGACCUGGCUUAAUCUAAUCCGAGCCGCAGACUUCCGAACGAUCAGCUGUCAUCGUGACAUUUGGCAGCAGCAAAAUAACUUCAAAGUAACGAUCGAUAAGAAGUUGCGACCCAUCACAACUUUACUUUAUAAAAAGUUAUUGUUUCAAUGAAUCCAACAUUGACAUUUGACAACAUUGAAAAAGCAAUUUGAAAAGACCUCGUCGAACGACUUGGCUGCAUGCAAAAACAAAAUUUUUACGGUUGUUACGAGAUCGUGUAUGGAGAUUUAUGAGUCGGUGAAUAAGACGAAGCUCUGGAAAGUGUGUGCCAAGGAGAGGCAAACGAAAGCACGUAAUUGCAUUUGAGAUUGACUCUGGAGUAUCUUUUUUUAAAAACGUCCGAUUAUUCGGUACAAAUUAGAAGGUAUUCAGAGUAGAAGUAAAAUCAUGGUGCGAUUGUCCCGAUUCUUUGCCCUCGUGCGAAAACUCUCGGUAGAGAGGACGUCGCAGGAGGAGUCUUGGAAUUUGAGUUGGCGCUUCGGGAGUGUACAGAGCUUUGGGAUUACCCGGUGAACGUUAUUGUUGACUAUUUCUUCGUAUCGCGUUUUGCGCGUACGGGAGAACGCCACGGGGACGUAAAUAGGUUUAACUUUUCGAGAAAUGGUAAUCAGCCGUAAAAAGUGUGGCAAAACUGUCGGUAUUUACGCUAACUAAUGUUCUUCAACCUUCUAACUUGGUUAGGCGAGAAAAUUUUUGCCUCGUAUGGCAGUUUGUUAGCCAGAUAAUUGGCCAUUUUUAUGCUAAAAUGGGCGGUGGCCUGUUCCCCGCGUGCACCCCUGCUCCUGAUAUUUGUACCGCGUCUCUUGAAUCGUUCUCGCUCGAAGAUUUUGUGCCAACUCCCGCCGCUACAAGAUAAGACUCUAACGGGGUAAGGAUUAUUAAAUGUACGGAAAUGUAUUUCACUCGACUCUGCACUUCCUCUCUCCCCGGCCUUUCCUCCUUCCUUCUCACGAGGGCAUUCUUUGUUUUAGAAAUUCUUAAAUACGCGCCCCCCGCUCGCCACACAAGGCUUCCCUUUCAUGCCACCCUAAUGGAGAUCGUUGCCAAAGGAUAAGCGAAAUAAGAAAAUUUAUCCGCCUCCCAACUAAGUGCAUCUGUUCGGGCCCAAAAAAGCUGUCACUGUGCCGAGCCCGUUGCGUUUUUUCGCUGUUACAGUCUUACAAUCUUCGAGCUCGUGCCUAAAAAACGGUUCUUUUUUGUUUGCUUUUAUCCAUUUGCGUAGAGGAAAAAUCAAAUUGCUGGCAGUGAGGCGCACUCGCGUGUGGCAAAUUCGAUACCCGAUAAUGAAAUUUCGGCACAGGGAAUAUUUGUGAUUUUGCUUCGAGUGGAAUAUUCAAGAGCGUUGAAGAGAAACAAGGAGGAAAAAGCCAUCGCUCGAUUUCACAGGCAAUUAUGUUUGGAACGAUGGAACGAGUGGGUUUACUCUUAUUUAACGCCAAUGUGAACGCGUCUCACGCCUCGCUGCCUUGUGGCGCCAUCUCGCUUGCCCGAAAUUCUCACUGAUUGAAUGACAAAUUGAAAAGUGCGGCUCACACUCAUCCCGUCUUUAGUUUCCUUUUGUACUAUUUCGUUUGUCCAUUUUUUCGCCGGAUCGUCCAACAAUCUGUGGCAAGAUAAAAAGUUUUCAAUAUUUUUUGAGGAAAGCUCCUCGCAAACACCUGGCCACGCGAGAUCACCCAUCCGAUUUAUCGCCUCGCUCGAAGUUUAUUCGGAAUAUUGCUCGGGCCAAACUCCGCUGUCAGCUCGAUGCAUGUCAGUGAAAAUAAGCUCGACAACGAACGAAUAAAGAAAUCCAGAAAUUUAGAGCCUCGAUCCCGGGGCUGCGAGGCUUUCUUUUCGUGGUGAAACGAAGGGAGUUUUGUUUAUCGUAGCCGCAAGAAAUGACCCUCGAAAGGGCGAGAUCGACCAGUGGCCACUUGGAGACGCUGCACCCGAAAAGUUUUUCUCUUUUCUUUGACGGUGCUAACGAAGCGACCAACGCUGCAGCAGUGUUUCUCCUAUUUAUCUACGAUUUCGGUAAUCGAAUUUUUGUUCUACCGCGAAUGCUUUCUUUUCAUUGCUUUCACGAAAUUGAUCGCGACGUGAAACCGAACGAGCAAUAAAAUGUACGAGCCACUCGACCUCUCUCUUGAUCCUCGAGUGUACUCCGUUUCGGCUUGUACAAGUCCUGAGUCAAUUUCUGCACCACGCGAUGAGGGGCGAAGGACUCCCGCCCUCGCCCAUCCCUCUUCGCUGCUCCUCGUUCGUCAAGGUACAAGCUUUUGCGUUUUCAAGCACGGGACGGACAAUUAUCAACGAUAAGUUCCGUCGCCCGAUGCGACUCCGCGUUUUCAGAGACUAAUAAAUUCGUCGAACAUCAUUCUCAUCUCCAUUAAUCUCUCCCUUGAUCUUUGUGCGAUCGUUCAUUACUCCGUAAUAACUGCUCAGCAAAGUUUUCCUGAACGGUUAGUUUAAAGUAGGGAACUGAAGAGACCGCGAUCUCGACGAUUUAAAUCGCCCUGCAGAUUUCUGACUUUUCGUUCCGACGAAAAAAGAAAUUUGAGAAAACUGCGUCUACCCUCAUCCGCAUUUCGACAAGCCCCCGUCCCAAAACUUUUUUACUUCUUUUACCCACUUCAGCAUGCCUGCUCCCAAGCGACCGCUCGUAGCCACGUUUUUUUAAUGCACCGCUCUCGCACGAGGGCCAAGGGAUACUGUGAAGACGCAAGCGAUCCGGGAGCUUUAUUUUCGUCGUCUUUGAGCUGAUGGUUUGUGUCAUCGGUAACACCGGACAAGUUUCUUCCGCUUAGCGAUUAACCUGGAUCCCCGUUGACCACGCACCCAUCGCUUCGGUCAUUUUCUCGAGUAUUUUUUUUCGGAUCUCUUUUUCACGUUUUUUGUCGAAAAAAAAGUCAGAAAUGAAAAGCGGAGAAGCAGAUUUUGGUCGAAAUUCAUUUGAGACUCCAAGUCACGCAAUUUUGGAGUUGCAAUUCUAAUAAUUUUCUUUUUUAUCUAAGCUGGCACCAGAAAUUACAGUUUUCAAUUCAACCGGCAUUUUCAAUAGCGAGUAAAGUUGGUUUUCACGAGUCAACCGAAUACAAAAAUCCUCAUUAUUUUGGGUUUCCAAGUUCUGCUUCGACGAGGCUCCAUCUCCGAAAAAAAUGUGCCGCCUUUCAUUGUAUUAGGUGCGCCGUAGUUUUUGUUUUUAUGAAAAUGGGUCCCGUUAUGCUUUGGAACGGUGAGAGGGCAAACGUCAGCCCGAGGGCUUUCGCUUUUCAAUUGACGUCGGUGUACACGUAGCUACGGACGGGGUUGGAUAUUUACCAGGCGUCGAGGCGUGGGUAACUCUGUUUGUGGCAAUUUCUUGUUUCCAUUAGGUUGGCCGGCCUGGGGGGGUGAAAUUCCCCUUCCCGUUCCUCGCCGGCCCCUCCGGGAGCGUUGCGCAACUUCGACAGCGACGGCGACGUCGAGGUUGAGGGAGUUGAAGAGGCUCGACGGGGUUUGGGGCGAAACGUUCCACACGACCUUACCUUCACUCUGUGCCGAUCAAAUGAUGCGCGCCACCGACCACAAUAACCUUCCAGCCCCCUUCCCCCUGCUCCUCCGCGUUUCACUCUCCCUCGCUCCGUUUUCAUCUCACGCUCGUAGCACAAUCAUUUUCUUAGAUUAUACCAAAUUGUUGUAAAACAUGCGUACCGCAUUCAUCCGAAAAUCGCGAAAAUAUCAGUAACUUCGAUCGACAGAGCGCUUCGCUUUGAAACACGAUACUUUUGUUAAAUCUGCCGAUUUUACCGGCUGCACGUGUGCGCCCUCGACCAUUAUCGAAACACUUAUUAAUUCAGCGAGUUUCGAGAGCAGUGGAAUACUAACUUUUACUAAUCAACGUUCAUCAAAAAAUCUUGGGACAUGCUGAGUGUCGAAAUGUGACGAAAAAUGUUACAAGACACGAUCGGAGCUAACGAACCGUCGUAAUAAUGCCGCAGUCUCUGUAAAUUCGGUGGUCAAUUCCGAGGACACAAUUUUGAAAAAUACCGGCGCUUUCAGUCGUUAGCGUACAGUGCCGUUGCGGAUGAGCAUUCAUCGUGUAUUGAGAUUCGCUCCCGCUCCGUCAGUGAUCGACGCAGGACACACCUUAAAAGAUAAAAAAUCGAGAACCAACGAAACUUUAUGAUUGCACGAUUCGCGAGCAUCUACUCAGCGGAAUGAACAAGUUUAGCGGAAUCUCCGGAGGAUGCUUCAGCACUGCAGACCUCCCACAACGUUUCUAUGCUGGAACGUAUCGAAAUUGAAUUGAAUUUUUGAACUGAAAGUUCGAAAUUGUAAAAUUUUGACAGUUCUCGCGAGCCAUGGAUGAACCUCCAGUUUUCUUGCGCACGAUUCCACAGGGAUGGACCAAGAAUGAAAAAAAAAUGAUUCAUCGAUCAGCAGCGAUCUCGUCUCGAGCCAACAGAGCCAAGUUUUGCUUCGGGAAAGACAGCGAGGAAAGCAGAAAUACAAGUACUCAAAGAUAAUCUAGGCAAUAAAUUUUCGAGUGAUAAGUCCUUUGUCGAUGGGCUCGAAGGUUGAACAAGCCGAAGCGGGCUUCGAGCAAAAGCCUAUCGAAGAGACGUAACCUUUACAACAUUCUCUUGUAUAUUUAACUUGACUAUGAAUCGUUUAUCCUAAAGGGAUUCCCAGUCAAUUAAUCCUUCUGUAAAUGGGAGCGUUUUCAUUUUCGCUGAUGCUCCUGGCUCCGGAGAAUAAUCUUUCCUAAAUAAGCCCGAGGCUCGAAAGCGCGGAGGAAGAGAGAGAAAGUACGGCAUGCUGGCUUGAUAACAGCCUCGCUAAAGCUAUCUUCCUUGAAAAUCCAAUUACCAGCCGUAGAGGAACAAAUUUAAAAAACACAAAUUAUCUUCCCUCCCCCUCUCGCUUUCUCUUGCCAGUCGUAUUAGUUUUCGUUUAAGGUGGCUUCCUAUUUGUCCACCAAAGGAGCCGCCUUACGCAGCACCUCGUUCGCUAAUCCUCCGGAUCGAAAUGUCGCGUUGAUAAAAUAUGGAUUCGUCCAAGAUUUUAGCAAACAAUUCCACUUUUUAAGGGGACACAUUAGUACGGAGUCACGAAAAAUUUUUGAUAAAAUUCUUGCCCCAAAAUAUUGGACAAAACACAACAAAGUUCGUACGGAGGAAAAUCCCUGGAUUUGAAUACCUUCGGACUUAAUUUCGAAAUGAAAGAAUUUUUUUUAAGCAUCAUUGUCCUUUUGUCUCAAUAAUUCUACUCGAAUCGCAUGCUUCCAGACAACAGUUCGAAGUGUAAAAUAAAUAAAGCAAUUGAGCAAAGACAGGAGCGAGGAAAGUCAUCGGAGAGAAAAAUGUCGAAAAUAAACCUCCCGGUAGACAUUCCAGGCUCUCGGUAAAUCCUCCUUUUGUUGGGAACAACGUUCUAUUGAAUUCUUCUCAUACUCGUAUCCAUUCAUGCAUUAUUUCUGAGCCUGUAUCGUGACACACUGCGUCUAAAAAAAUCACAUGCAUGCCCCCCCGCCUACGUAAGAAAACUGCAUGCAUGACGUGAUUUAAUAAAAUCUUGAGUUAUCGGAAGGAAGGGGAUGUACGAGAGAAAAUGCACCAGAGGAGAGUUCGAAACAUUCCCGACGUGCAUGUACGUCCAUUAAGGCCCGGCCCUGCACACACUUGCAACGGUCGAAAAAUGUGAUUUUCUUGAUUUUUUUUCGACAAGAAAAUAAAUGUUUAUUGA